AUGGAUAUGCCAGUAGCGUCGUACGCCCAGCUAAAAGCUGCGGGAAUACAAGAAGUUCUAUGCGUAUGUACUUUGGACACUAAUAAUGUGUUGGUAGCGUGUUUAGGAACCACGGACCUUUUUCAAUUGGCUGUUGAUGACUGCAGCAUAAAGGUCACUGAAAUAUACGCUUUGGACUUAAUGACACCAGCAUCUAAAUUGAGAUAUGCUUCGUCAAUAGGGACUGUUUUUGCACUGAGUGGACAUGUGGUGUAUUCCGCAUUGCUGAGUAAUGCCACAACAAAUGAUGUUAUAGGAAUCCGUGAUUUGUCAACAGCACGUGUCAGAGAUUUUGAUAUUGUCAUUGUGGAGGAAGGUGUGUUUGUUGCGCUUUUAGGGGAAUACGAAGUAUUUGUUUCUAUAUGCAGUAGCGACGGUACGUUUCCCUUGAGCCAGUUUUACGUGGGGUAUAACGAGAUAUGCAGUUGGGUAACAGCUGACUGUUUGUCUUGUUCAGGACAGGGUAUCUUAAGUUUUUACGGUGUGGAUGGUACCUUUAUGCAUUCAGUCGGAUCACGUAAUCAGCCAGCAAUAUGCGCAAGCCCUUUAACGGAGUGCUUUUCAUGUGAUGAUAUACCGUUGAAAUUUCAGACAGGAAAGAACUUUAUAGUUCUUUUUGAACGUGGCGGGGCGUACUUUUCGCAUUAUCUUGUUGUGUACUCGCAAUUAGCCAAUACCAUUUCGGAAAUUCUAGAAUUUUCUAUUUUUGCUAGUUUGCCACCGAAAUCCGUAUUUUCUGUUGGGCCAUGGGUUUGUGUAAGUGGUGUAUUUGGUUUGGAGUUUUAUGAUUAUCGCACAGGCGCAUAUGCUCAAUCUUCGCUCGAAACAGUGGUGACAGAUAGUUGUUCAUUCGCAACCAUUUGCAUGGACUCCACUUUGACUCCUUCCGAUGUUCUCUACUCGAAACCACGAUAUGGAAUUGCCGUUUCUAAAAAUUUCAUUUGCACUUUCUGCAUUCGCUCUAUUAUUGAUGUCGUAGACGAACUAAAGGAUGAUGCUGCGUUUCAUGCAGAUUUGCUACAGAGUCUUUUAGUUUUUGGUCGAUCUGUUCGAGCUAAAAGAAGGAUGCGUUCUUACUGUCGACGUGAUGCUGUGCUAGAUUCAAGUAUGCUUUUUUCUGAAUAUGGAUCGAUUUUGGCGAAGUUUCAUAUUCCACAGAGCGGUUUUCCUAGUAGGAAAAAAAGUUUAUCUGAAAAUAUGAGGCGCAGUCCCGCAUGCAUUAUUUGUGGAAGUGAAUUUGUAUUUGCUUCAAAUCUUCAUCCUUGUGCAAUGUGCUCUUUGUGUGUUUGUUCUGAGUGCUCAUUUGUACGAGAUCUGCGUUUGUAUGGGUAUGACAGUAUGGGUAUGAGCUGUGUUGUUUGUGUUUACUGUGAUGGAAGAUGUGAUCUCAAUUUGUAUCGUCUGUUUUUGGCACGUCGGUACACUCAAUUACUUGAUUACAUGGAGCGAUACCCAGAACGAUGUUUCAAGUUAACUCUUACCCAGGUUAUUCCUUCUGUUCUUCAGCAAUGUUUUCAAGAACGAAAAUAUGAUCUCUGUGCAGAGCUUCUUGAGAAAUACGUGCCAAAAAACGGGGCUUUGUGGGAUCAAUGGGUUCUUCGCUUUGGAUUGCAAAAAGAGAUACAAUGUCUUGCCCGUGUACACAAUCCUAAAGAUACGGAUCAAACAGUGAGUACUGGUAUUCUGCUUCAGCUGGUAAAAUGUGAUGCCAGAGUCUUAUUUUCACUGUUACAACGCUGGCCAAUUUCAUCAUACAGUGAUCAAAUAGUUUUACUUGGUAUCGCGUCUCGGCUUUCUUUUAAAAAAAAAGAAGCUUGUGCCUUACAAGAAUCAUGCCAAAUAGGGAAAUUGACAUUAUGGGAAAGGCAGAAUGCUAUUAGUAGUCUCUAUUUUGAUGAUGAAGUUGAUCAACUUCUUCGGGCGUAUCUUCAUCUAUGUUUUCAAAAUAAGAGAUACAUGGAUGCAGCAAAGGGUUACAUGGAAUACUUCAUAAUAAUGCUUCCUUUUCCUGAAGAAAAGCGUGAAAGAAGUUACGAAAUGUUUGAAGGUAUUAUAUUACGCAGAGAACCUGUACGUGAGUUUCCACCACCAGAUGUGAUAGAUUUUUGGGAUUUGUUGACAAGCAAUGGUAUUCUCCAUGAAUUUGUGCGUCUAAAGGAUUCCACUGGUACUACUGUUUUUUUGACACCUCUCCUCAUUCAUUACCGUGAAGAAUUUGGGAGGUAUCUGGUUGAUUCGCUUCAUGUUGAUCUUAUUGAUGACGUAUUGCAAUCUGUCGUUUGUGAAUUAAGAAAGGAACAACCUGGAAAACUUCUACACGUAUUGGAUGCUUUAACAAAAGUGUCCCCCGUAGUAACAUCUUGUUAUCAUUCUCUCAUGAGUGAGCUCUAUUUGGAGUAUGCCCCAGAAAAACUAUUUUCUUUUAUUCAGCAUCCACAAGUAAGUGGUUUGGAUUGGAAAAAGCUCGCUAGAGCUCUUGAAAAGAGGAAUAUGUUUCGAGAACUUGUUUACAUUAUCGGGAAAACAGGUAAUAAUGUGGAGGCGGUUCGCAUGGCAAUUAGGUGUAUGAAGAGUGUUCCAUUCGCUUUAGAAUAUAUCAAGGAUCACCCUGAUGAUCCACGUCUAUGGAACUUACUUGUAUCUAAUGUGAUUCAGUCUCCUGUCCUUAUUGGUGAUAUUCUUGACGCCGUGGACGAUUUUAUGGAUAUUGAAUUUCUUCUACAAUCAAUUCCAGAAAAGAACCGUCUGAAUGUUCCACAUAUUGGACCCCGUUUGAAGAGGGCCCUUCGAAGCAAAUGGUGCGUUGAACGUGUUGCAGAAUCCUCAGUGAAUUCCAUUUUCGAGGAUAAUUUUGCGUCAUUGGGAUAUUUGAAGCAACAAAUGUGCAAGGCGGCGCGGUGUAAACCGAGUUCGGUAUGUGGCUUAUGUGGCCAAGUUAUCUUAGGGGAAUGUGUUGUGGAUGGUUUUGGUGUGCCGUUUCACGAUACUUGCUUUCAUUGUCCGUCUGUGCAAUGUCCGUUGAAUACAAAACGAAUAUUUGGGCAAAAUUGUAAACCAAGAAGAAAUAAGGAUGAUUACUCUGAAAUGGAUUACAUCGAAUAUUGCACCAAUAGAGCUCUUGGUGUUACAAACCUGCUUAAACUUUUGCCUGAGGGACAAAUUCACCACAUUCUUUCCUACCUUUCUAUACAAGAGCGGAACGUUUGUAGACGUGUUAGUCGUGGAUUUCGAAAAGCUUUGGGUUCGUUUUACAUGUUUGCUAAACGAGAAGACGAUCAUGUGCGCAGUCGCUACUACGCUCGCUUGGACAAUACAGAGAGUGGGAGUUGCUUACAAACCGUGCACCUGGGAAAAGUUCCCUUGUGUAGUCCUUGA